AUGGUGUUUGGAGUGAGCUGGAUCCGACCGCUGGUGGCUCUGACGAUCGUACCAUUCUUGCUUCUGCUUGUGCUUGAGAAGGGCGGGGGCAGCCUGGCCCUAUGGUCGGCUGUUCUGCCGGCGCCGGAAGGCGUUCGCCCAAACCAGGUACAGCUCCGCGGAGCCGUGAAACCUGUCGUCGUGGAUGAUGAGGAGGUGAUACAAAUGGAGCCACGAGGACCUAGGGCCCGAGCCGAUCGAGCGUAUCUUUCGCUGCUUUUUCUCGUGGGCUACUUCUUUUGGACGGUGAGGCACUAUGCGCCGCUGACGCAGCAGCCGUCCGCGAACCCACGGAGCGCCACGAUCAUGGAGGACUCGCCUUUGUGCAUCUGUCGCCAUGUAAGUCUGCCCAACUGCUUUCUGUCCUUCUACUGCGAGCACGCGCGGAAUGCGCACACAUUGGAGAAGACAGGCAUGGUUUCCUACUACUGGCAGGGGGCUCUCGCUAGUGCGUGCUGCAUGCCCUGCACCAUCCUCUACUUCUACAGCGCCGUGCGCACGGCGCUCGGUGGCGGGCGCGCAGAUCCAGUGGCCAGCUGUUGUUAUGCUUUUUUCUGUCCCUGGUGCGUCCUGGCGCAGCAGGCCGAAGCGCUCGAUGCUGCCACCGGGCAGGAGCUCCAGGCAUUCCUCCAAGUUUCACGUACGCGCAGACCCAAAGCAGGAUGUGGCACGGACGAGGAGCAGGAGGAGCUACUCCGAAAACCCGAGGGUGAGAUCAUGUGA